AAAAAAAUCUCACUUGGCGUGUUGGAUCGUGUUCUCUCCGUCGCUCUAACCACAUUUUCCAUUCUCCGAAUCUCUCUCUCUCUCUCUCCGUGAUCUCUGAGAAGAAGAAGAAGAUGGUGGUGGUUGAGCAGAAGAAGAUGGUGGUGGUUGAGCAGAAGAAGAGGUUUGCUUUGUUUUUAGCGACGUGUGAUUCAGAGUUCGUGAAGAAGACUUACGGUGGUUACUUCAAUGUCUUCGUUUCGACUUUCGGCGAUGAAGGUGAGCAAUGGGAUCUAUUCCGAGUCAUCGACGGCGACUUUCCCGACGAUAAGGAUUUAGACAAGUACGACGGUUUCGUUAUCAGUGGUAGUCCACAUGAUGCUUUCGGAGACGUCGAUUGGAUUGUUAAGCUUUGUGAGGUUUGUCAGAAACUUGACGACAUGAAGAAGAAAGUCCUCGGCAUCUGUUUCGGCCACCAGAUUAUUACUAGAGUCAAAGGUGGGAAGAUAGGAAGGGCUCUCAAAGGUGUAGAUAUGGGACUUAGAAGCAUAACCAUAGCGAAGGACAAUGAAAAACUACGCGGUUACUUUGGAGGCGAGGUACCGGCAUCUUUAGCCAUUAUAAAAUGCCAUCAGGAUGAAGUGUUGGAACUCCCUGAGUCUGCUACAUUACUUGCAUCUUCUGAGGUUUGCGAGGUUGAGAUGUUCUCUAUUGGAGAUCAUUUUUUCUGCAUUCAAGGGCAUCCUGAGUAUAACAAAGAGAUUCUGUUUGAGAUCGUCGACCGUGUUCUUAAUAUGAAACUGAUGGAGCAAGAGUUUGCGGAUAAGGCAAAGAGUACGAUGGAGACUGCGCAACCAGACAGGAUUCUAUGGCAGAAACUCUGCAAAAACUUCCUGAAAGGUUGAUCCGAGCAAGUUUAGUUUGCUAUUAAACUAUGUUAUCUCUCAAUUAACCUAUCAAACUAUGUAUCUCUCAGUGAACCUGCAAUAUCUUUCAUCUUUUAUCUUCAGCAAACAGAAAGAAACGCAUAUAAAACAAUCAAAUCACAAAUAAUGAUUUAUAUUA